AACAUUGCUGGAAUAAAAGAACAGUGGAGGAACAAGUAGAGGGAGAGAGACGUUUCACUUUAGAUUUCCCCGUUUUUUUUCUUUUUUUUGCCUCCCUUUUCCUCGCGGGACGCCAAGAGAGCAGGGCUUUGUUUUCACAUCUCCAAAGGAUUAUUCUCAUUGUAACUCCUUUACACCGUCUGGGAUCUAUUUUUCCUUUAUAUCAGCCUCUUCUCUUUCCACGAGGAUUACGCUUCUUAAUUGCAACCUUUUGCAAAUUUGGAAAUAGUUUUUUUUCAUACCUGUUAAACACUGAAGUGGUGGAGUGAAAAUACAGCACCGGGAGAAACGGCUGGGAAACUCGCAAAAGGGAUCAAAUGGAUGUAAUGACUUGGCUAAACUGCCCCGCGUUUCCUUCCGUCCUUAGCAGCAAAUCCUAGAAGUUGUAAGUUUCUUACAGCUAGUGGUGUUUUCCGAAUUUUUGCUGCAAUUGAAAACAAUUCUAUCGUCAUCUAACCUACAGGGGGUUCUGUUUUUAGUUUGGCAGUCACCUCUGCCUGAUAUAUUUAAUGGAAGUUUGCUGCAGUUGUUUUUGUACAAUCCCCUCAUAAACUGUUAUUUUUUCCCCCUGCUGUGAAGGAUCUUUUUCCUCUCGUGUUGAAGCAGCAGCCCUCAUUCUUUCACUGAAGCUCAUCCAGGAUCCUCACAAGCUCACACUUCCUAAAUGGGGGAGCUGGAUGAAGAAAUAUGAUCCUGUAUUUUGUGGAAUGUUUUGAGCAGCAGCAGCAGCAGCAGUGUGUGGUUUCCAUGGAGAAGAGCAGAGAAAUGUUGCACGGAGGGGCUGCGUAAAUGCUCUACCUCUAUGUCUGUGGUCCAAGUGAAAUCCAAGCCAGCGACUGUAGCUCUGCCAGCUCCGCCCUGGAACUCCUUGUUCAGGCUGUUCUCGUGUGGAGUCACAAGGAAUGAACCAGUGACCAAAGAGGUCCUAACAUUUCAAGAGCAGACUAAAGCCUUACUUGGAAAUCUUAUGGACGAAGAAAUGAGUCGCCAAACUGCCACCGCGCUGCCCACUGGAACUUCCAAGUGCCCCCCCUCCCAGCGCGUGCCCACCCUGUCGGGCACCACGGCCUCCAACAGUGACCUCGCCAGCCUCUUCGAGUGUCCUGUGUGCUUCGACUAUGUCCUGCCCCCCAUCCUGCAGUGUCAGUCCGGACACCUGGUAUGCUCCAACUGCCGGCCCAAGCUCACCUGCUGCCCCACCUGCAGAGGCCCCCUGGGCUCCAUCAGGAACCUGGCCAUGGAGAAGGUGGCCAACUCGGUCCUCUUCCCCUGCAAGUACGCCUCGUCGGGCUGCGAAGUCACGCUCCCUCACACCGACAAGACGGAGCACGAGGAGCUGUGUGAGUUCCGGCCGUACUCCUGCCCCUGCCCCGGCGCCUCCUGCAAGUGGCAGGGCUCCCUGGACGCCGUCAUGCCCCACCUGAUGCACCAGCACAAGUCCAUCACCACGCUGCAGGGGGAGGACAUCGUGUUCCUGGCGACGGACAUCAACCUGCCUGGCGCCGUGGACUGGGUCAUGAUGCAGUCCUGCUUCGGCUUCCACUUCAUGCUGGUCCUGGAGAAGCAGGAGAAGUACGACGGCCACCAGCAGUUCUUCGCCAUCGUCCAACUCAUCGGCACCCGCAAGCAGGCCGAGAACUUUGCGUACCGGCUGGAGCUGAACGGCCACCGGCGCCGGCUGACCUGGGAGGCCACGCCGCGCUCCAUCCACGAGGGCAUCGCCACCGCCAUCAUGAACAGCGACUGCCUGGUGUUCGACACGUCGAUCGCUCAGCUGUUCGCCGAGAACGGCAACCUGGGCAUCAACGUCACCAUCUCCAUGUGCUAGGAACUCACGAGCAUCCGCGUUACUACGUUAGGGCAUUUUCUCUUCUUUUUCUUUCUUUUUUUUUGUUUUACGGGGUCAAAUGUGUGUUGACCCCGUGGUGCCUCCCUCAUCUCCCCCCCUGAGACGUGAGACUGAACUGUCAGACUGUCAGCCGGCGAGGCCGACCAGGCCGGGGGGGGAGGUAUCGACUGGAUGACUGAAGGAGUGCGUCCAAAAGAAAUAGAGAAAAAAAAACAAAAAAAGACAUAGCUGUGUAGUGAUGGACUUUUGAAACAUGAAUUCACCGGCGGGCUCGUGGAGACGCAGCCUCGUCUCCGGUGGUAACCACGGAAACAAACUGAACUGAAGUUUGGACUUGCUCGUUCAACUCUGUCUCGGAGCGGGUUUCCCGCCUUUUCUCCUUUUAGUGUCUCAGUUCUUGUCUCAGUCAUUUCAGACACUACAGCGGUGGAGCGACCGGUAGCAGCUCUGGUGCUCUGCAACCGGUAGCAGCUCCGGUAGCAGCUCCGGUGGCGGCUCUGCAACCGGUAGCAGCUCCGGUGGCGGCUCUGCAACCGGUAGCAGCUCCGGUGGCGGCUCUGCAACCGGUAGCAGCUCCGGUGGCGGCUCCACGACCGGUAGCAGCUCCGGUAGCAGCUCCGGUGGCGGCUCUGCAACCGGUAGCAGCUCCGGUGGCGGCUCUGCAACCGGUAGCAGCUCUGGUGGAACGGCCAGUGGCAGCUCCGGUGGCGGCUCCGCCAAAGGACUGGUCAGCGUUCAGAAACCAGCCAGCUGCUCCUUUUUGUUUUCUCUCUCUCUCUCCCAGCACCAGGGCUGCAGCCGUCGCUGCUCCGUCUCACUAAACUGGAACCAGAGUCCGUUAAGAAUCUCUCCACCUCCAUCUGGGACCGACACGCUUUUAACGGUUUGGACUGAAAGUGUCGUCCAUGGAUGUUGUUGCAGCUCAUCAGCUCUGGAUGUUUCUCAUUAACACGGUUUCCUCCAUCACCCAGUUAUCGGUUACAGGCUGCAGGUGUGAUAUCCAUGAACUACCAGAGGGGAACACUGCAUUUCACUUCUCUUUUGCAGCUUAUUUCUUUAGUCUAUUUUUUUCUCGUGUGUCUGAAAGGCUGGUCUUCUGUUUCCUCUGCUCCUCCGUCUGCCACCACGUCACCCAACCUGGAAUAAGGGACAGUUUCUACUGUUAAAAUGUUGCUAUUACUAAAUAGAGAUUAUCCUAAUUAUCUUUUUCUUUUUUUUUGUAUUAAAAAAAAACAAAAAUUUAAAGACAGUUGUAAAACUUGUGGCUAAACUUCAGUGUUUGUAGUUUAAAAAAAAAAGCAAGUUGUCAUUCUGAAGUAUUUUUUUCUUUCAGAGUUGGGAUCUUUUCUUUUUUUUCACCUAUAUAUGUGCUCUUGUGUGGUAAGUCUUUGUUUCCCUUUUUUUUUGUCUGAGGAGGGAGGGAGGUCAAGCCAAUCAUCCUUCUCUCUCCACGUGGAGUUUCAAUGUUGCUGCUCUCCCUCGAACUCUGACAUCUUUAUGUUUUAAUUUGUCAUCAAAUAAAUCUAUCUUUUUCAUA